AAGCAGCGCGCGCAGAGCGUCACUCGAGCGCCGUCCUCCUGCGGCGCGAGCGGAAGUAGGCAGCACGGAACCGGAAGUGGCUGUUGCCAUGGUGGCCGCAUGGGCUGAGGAAGGGUCUGGGGUGGAUCCCGGAUGGAUUUCUCCCCCUCCAUAACGCGCCGUAUCGCCUCUGUGCUCCUCCCAGGCCGGCCUGAUCCCCGCGGCCAUGACUCAAGCGGAGAUAAAGCUCUGCUCCCUCCUCCUCCAAGAACAUUUUGGGGAGAUUGUGGAGAAGAUUGGGACGUACCUCAUCCGGACGGGCGCUCAGCCGCUGCGCGCCAUCAUCACCGGGACCGGGCUGCUGCUGGAUCAGGUGAAGAAAGCCCUCUGCGUCCUCAUCCAACACAACCUGGUGAGCUUCCAGCUGCAGAAACGCGGCUUCGUGGAAUACGAGGCGCAGUGUAAGCGGGUGCUGCGCAUCCUGCGCUACCCGCGCUACAUCUACGCCGCCAAGACGCUGUACGGCGACACCGGCGAGCUGCUGGCCGAGGAGCUGCUCCUCAACGGGCAGAUGACCAUGAGCGCCUUGGUGAAGAAGGUGGCGGACAGGCUCACCGAGACCAUGGAAGACGGGAAAACCAUGGAUUACGCGGAGGUCUCCAACACCUUUGUGCGCCUGGCGGACACGCACUUUAUCCAGAGGUGCCCGCUGGUCUCCGAGAGCUCCGAGACGCCGCGGCCGGCUGCGCCCACGCUGGUGAUCAGCGAGAAGGAGAUGUACACCGUGCCCCGGCUGAACCUCGUCGGGAAAGGGAAGCGGAGGCGAUCAUGCGAGGAGGAGGAGAGCGGUGAACCCAAGGCGAAAAAGCAGAAGCGAGGCGGAGAGAGCUCGGAGCCUCCGCCCGAUGAUGGCAUUUACUGGCAAGUCAACAUCGACCGCUUCCAUCAGCACUUUCGAGACCAGAGCAUCAUCAGCGCCGUGGCCAACCGCAUGGAUCAGACGAGCAGCGAGAUCGUGCGGACGAUGCUGCGGAUGAGCGAGGUCACCACGUCCUCCAGCGCGCCGUACACUCAGCCGCUCUCCUCCAACGAGAUAUUCAGAUCCCUCCCAGCCGGAUACAACAUCGGGAAGCAGGUUUUGGACCAGUACCUCACCCUGCUGGCAGACGACCCGCUGGAGUUCGUGGGUAAAUCCGGGGACAGCGGCGGGGGCAUGUACACUGUCAAUCUCCACAAGGCCCUGGCGGCCCUGGCGACAGCAACCCUGGAGUCCAUCGUGGAGGAGAGGUUCGGUUCCCGCUGUGCCAGGAUUUUCCGUUUGCUCCUGCGGAAGAAACAUCUGGAGCAGAAGCAGGUGGAGGAUUUUGCCAUGAUCCCGGCCAAGGAAGCCAAGGACAUGCUCUACAAAAUGCUCUCGGAGAACUUUGUGUCUCUGCAGGAGAUUCCCAAGACUCCGGACCACGCGCCCUCCCGCACCUUCUACCUCUACACCGUCAACGUCCUCUCGUCGGCGCGGAUGCUGCUGCACAGGUGCUACAAGAGCGUGGCCAACCUGAUGGAGCGGCGCCAGCACGAGACUAAGGAGAACAAGAGACUGCUGGAGAAGUCGCAGCGGGUGGAAGCCAUCCUGGCGUCCAUGCAGGCCACGGGCGCCGAGGAGGCGCAGCUGCAGGAGAUCGAGGAGAUGAUCACAGCCCCCGAGCGUCAGCAGCUGGAGAACCUCAAACGCAACGUCAACAAGAUCGACGCCAGCGAGAAUCAGGUGGACGAGACCAUCUUCGUGCUGGAGUCGUUCCUCGGCAGCACCGUGCGCGGCCCCUGAGCGCUCGGGCGCGCCAAUAAACGGGGAGCGGCGGCCGCAGCGCCAGGCCACGCCCCCAGCUGGUCACAGGCCACGCCCAUCUCUCG